CACGUACACAUACGCAAUCAAAAUAAUCUAGCAUAGCAAUGACAUUCAUUUUACUUUUUUCCUAUCCUAUCCAAAAUAGUCCAUGGAGUAAUAGAAUUUCCACCUGCUGACAUCCUUCCUCCUUUCUCUUCAUUCUUUCAUUCACUACUAAUCGUGAAAGUUGGAUUUUCUGCAAGUAACAAUAUCCCACCAUGGCGACUGGAGCGGUCUACAAGGACCUGCUCCCGCUCCCUCAGGAGACGGAGCCUGAGAAGGAAGAAACCACCGUCACCAUGCAGGACAAGCCCACCGAAAGUCACGCGCUGGCCAUGCAAGAGCCAGAGAUCAAAGGUGCUGCACAGGUCGACCACGAAGAAGAGGUCGUGAACCUCGGAUGGAACGAGCCUAAAGAAGCUGUAUCGAAUCCACUCGUUGGUGGGAUCUCGAAUGAGGAUCUCUGGCUACUAGUUCGACGUUUCAACAAGCAAAUGUAUCAUGUCAAAGAGAUACCAAACCCACCACCAGGAGGCCUCGACCUCAACAUCGCAGACGAGGAGGAGUUCUCGCCAGACAAGCUCAGGAGCAAUGUAGAGCGCUUGUACAUGACCAUCGGCAUCGGUCUGAUGGGUUUUGGAAAGCAAAUUGUUCGCCUUCGGUCCUGGCGCGAGACACGCCGCACUGCUUCGUUCUGUGCAGUAUAUUUCCUCGCAUGGUUCUUCGACCUGUUGAUGCUGGUUGUUUCGCUCACGCUUAUUGCUCUCAUUGCGUAUCCCCGGAGUAGGGAGGUCAUGUUCCCUCCUGCACCCCUUGCUUUGGUCAGCAGUAAAGGAGGUGUCCAAAAGCCAAAGUCUGGUGUCCUAGGCAGCACUGACAGUGCCACUGGUGCACCCGAGAACCACAAGGGUGAGGCCGUUGAGCAGGAGGCUAGCAACUUUGUCAAUGGCAUUGCCUCUGUGGCCUUAUCCAGCGCAACUGGAAAGCAUCCUCAGGGCGAUGCUGCUGAAGAUGCAGACGAACCCGGGAGUUCAGUACCCGAUCCAACGUCCAUCGCCGUCAGCGCAGCCGAUGCAAAGGACAGGGCAGCAGGAGCAACUCCUACGAAAGAGCAUGAUAAGACGAAAGUGCCCAUGGAGACUGCCAUGUGGACCAAGAUGCGGCCCAUAAUGCAUGGCCUCGCAGAUGUCACUGACACUUGGGAACGAUUCGCUAAUGCCCUCGACCCUCUCCCACCCUUCCCCAAAGAUCGAUUCCGAGUCCGCAUAGCAUCCCUCGUAGCCCCACUCCUCCUCGCCUCGAUCUUCGUCUCCUCGUACAUGUUCAUGAAAGGCGUGACCUUCGGCUUCGGCUUCGCCUUCUUCGGCGACCCCAUCAUCUCCCGUAGCCUAUCUCUCCUGAACCGCAAGUUCCCCCACUGGCAGCGCCUCCUGGAACUCCGCAACACCGUCCUCAAGGGCGUCCCGACGAACGCCCAACUCACCAUCACCCUCCUCCGCAUCGGCGAAGCCAACAAAGCCCCCAUCCCCCCACCCCCACACAUCGACUCGCCCCCUCCCGAACAACCCACCGACAUCACGGACUCGCAACUCCGCGCCACAGGCGCCGACUGGCCCCUCAACGCCACGCAGGAAGAACUCGACGAAGCGAUGUCGCACGACCCUUCCGUCGCCGCCUCAACCUCCGGCGCCGACAUCGACGCCUCCAAAGCCUCCAAGCACGGCAAAAAGGGCAGCAAGAUCCUCGGCUUCUUCCGCCACACGGCGAAAGGCGGCGUACAAACAGCCAUCGGGUCCGACAAGCUCAAAGCCGCCGCCGGGUCCUCGCACGCGAAGAACCGCCUCGGCGCCGUGCCGCACCCAGACGAAGACCUGACUUCCGGCCCCGUUGCCUUCAAGUGCAGAUACAAGGGCAAGAAGGGCCACGCGUACAUCACCGUCAAAGCGACGAUACCGUGCGUCGCGUUUUCGACCGACGAGACGGUCGAGACGAUCGGCGCCGUCGAGCGCGACGACCUGCAUCCGCUGUGGUCUAUCCCCGUCGGCGAGAUCAGCGAGCUCGCGAAGGUAGGCGGGUACGGCUGGAAGGCGAAGCUCGUGGUUGGAUGGGCGAUGGGGAGGGAGGUCGCGGAUGGGUUGGACAUCGUGCAGAGGGAUGGGUCGACCACGCGCGUCACGGCGAUGCCGCUGCGUGAUGAAUUGUUUAAUCGCCUCAUUGCGAUGGGGGGACAGAAGUGGGAGUGCUGGUGACGGGCGAGGAAGGUGCAAUGGGAGUGUGCGGGCGACGCGCGGGUGAAAAUGAAGGGGGUUGGGUAUAGGAAUGAGGGUGUUGCGGUCAAGAGUACGAUGCUGAGUGAUACGUUGGCGGAGAUCGACGUCUUCAGUAAGGCCAUGGAGCUGUGACUGGUGGUGUGGAGGGUGUGGGAUUCCAUUGCAUCAUCUCGGGGCGUGGUGUGGUGUGGUGUGGUCGAGGGUUCUGGUUCUCCUAUUGCAUACACAUAUACACACGCAUACAUGUAAUUUCCUACCUCAAUUUGUACGAUAGAUAGUCGAGAGAGGGCGUAGGCGAUGGGCGGUUGAUAUAACGACCCAAGCAAUGAACGAAUGAGCGAAAUCGAUAAUACAAUUAC